AUGAAGAAAAUGAUAGGCAGUGUAAACGCUCUGCACCAGCAAAACAGUUCAGUUCAGAUAAAGUUUGACAGAAUGGAUUUGUUGCGAGUCCAAAUCCCUCAUAAAGAUCCACUAGUCAUUAGCUUGUUGGUAGCAGAAUGCUUGGUACGAAGAAUGUUGAUUGAUCCGAGGAGCAACGCGAAUGUCAUGAUAAGAGUAACAUUUGACUGGCUCGAGAUUAAACCAAAAAAGCUCAAACCUACAGGAAAUCCAUUGUUGGGAUUCAAUGGGAAGUGCGUGGAGCCUAUUGGUAUAGUCGAGUUACUAGUACGUGCGGCCGAGAGAGAAUUGAUGGAAAGCUUUGUAGUUGUUGAGAUUCACCCAUCUUACAAUCUUUUGAUGGGAAGAUGGUGGAUUCACAGAGUCCAAGGUGUUCCUUUGACUUUGCACUGGGUAAUGAGAUGCUUAAGUCUAAAUGGGAACAAGGUUAUUGAUAUUCAUAGGGACCAAGUAGCAGCCAAAGAGUGCUACUCUGUAACUCUGAAAGCUAGCGGGAAGGGAAAAGCUCCCGUCUGA